AGGAAAAUCUCUAAAACAAUAUAUAUAGAAGUAGCUCCUCCAUUAUAUCGCAUUUUAUCAUAGAUUGUAACAUAAUUCCGCAUCGUAAAAAUGUAUUCUAUCAAAAUUCAAACAGGGUUCCUGAUUGGUAUUGUCGUAUGCUUACUUUCUGCUAAUCUGGCGUCGGCUGGUUCAAUGGGCGGAGGUGGUGAUUUAGGUGGUUUAGGAGGAGGAUCAGGUGGUGGUAGUUCAGGUGGUUUAGGAGCCUUAGGUGGUGGUGGUUUAGGUAGUUUAGGUAGUUUAGGCAGUUUAGGCGAUUUAGGUGGUUUACUAGAAGGAUUAGGUGGUGGUGGUUUAGGAGACCUAUUAGCGAGUGUAACAGGUGGUCUUGGUCUUGAUCAAUUAGGAGAUAUUUUAACCCCAGACGGCUUUAAGGCAUUGCUAGAACAGCUAACAGGUGGUCUUGGUCUUGAUCAAUUAGGAGAUAUUUUAACCCCAGACGGCUUUAAGGCAUUGCUAGAACAGCUAACAGGUGGUCUUGGUCUUGAUCAAUUAGGAGAUAUUUUAACCCCAGACGGCUUUAAGGCAUUGCUAGAACAGCUAACAGGUGGUCUUGGUCUUGAUCAAUUAGGAGAUAUUUUAACCCCAGAGGGCUUUCAAAAGCUGUUAGGAAACCAAGAUUUCCAAAAAUUUUUCGGCCAAUUUUCAGAACUUCUUAGUGGUGGUGGUGGUGGUAAUUUAGAUCAAAUUUUUACCCCGGAGGGUUUUAAAGCUCUGUUUGGAAAAGGACUAGAAGGUUUUGGUGGUGGUGAUGGUUUGAAAAAUCUGUUCGGAGGCUUUAACGGAAUAGGGAAAGGAAAUGGAGGAGAAGAUGGAGGAGACGAUGAAACACCUGGAGGAUUAGAUGGAGGAAAUGGAGGAAAAGAUGAAGAAGCAGGAGGAGAAAAUGGAGGAGCAGGAGCAAAAGAUGGAGGAGCGGAAAAAAAUUACGGAGGAGCAGGAGGAGGAAACGGAGAAGCGGAAAAAAAUUACGGAGGAGCAGAAAAAAAUUACGGAGGAGAUGAAGGUCAAAACCAUUAUGCAGGAAGUAGGGGUGGUGGAGCAAGUGGGACUGCUUAUGCUAGGGCCGAAAAUGGAGGAACAGUAAUUUAUAACAGAAGAUAUGAUGGUGCUCAGGUUGGAAAUGGGGCAGCAGGAGGACAAGAGGGAUAUGGUAACCAAUAUGUUACAGGAGGUAACAGACGUAGAGUAGUUCAAAGGCGAUAUUAUACAGGAGGUAGUGAAAGCGGAGGAAGUGCUAAUGCUAAUGCUAGGGCCCAAAAUGGAGGAGCAGGAGGCCAAGAGGGAUAUGGUAACCAAUAUUUUACAGGAGGUAACAGAGGCGGAGGAGGAUUUCAAAGGCAAUAUUUCACAGGAGGUAGUGAAAGCGGAGGAAGUGCUAAUGCUAAUGCUAGGGCCCAAAAUGGAGGAACAGGAAGCCAAGGAGGUCGUCAGUGGGAAAGAAGAAUUCGGACAAAUUAAACUCUUCAGCUAGGUUAACCUGCUUUAAUGUCUGGUGAAGUAUGAUGUAUAUAUAUUGUCAAAAAAUGUUGUAUUUCUAAAUUAUCAGAAAUUUAUAUAUGAUCAAUAAAUGUUUUUUAGAAGCA